AUGGCGAACAGCAACCUCCCCCGGCGGAUCAUCAAGGUAAUUGUUUUUUUGGUUAUUUCUGCUGCUGGGCAGCCGAUCGGGGUUCUAAUCGUCGUGGAUUCGUAGUUUUCCUGAAGGGUCCUUUGUAGCCGAUCGGUAUUUAUUUUUUUUCAUGUCCCCUCUGCCUUCGGUAGUUUGUAUUUUCUGGAUGGCUCUGGGUUAUCGAUCGGUUAGUCAGGUUAUUGCGCUCUCUUCUAACAUGGUUUAUUGAUGCCACGAUCCAACAGGAAACUCAGCGUCUUCUUAGCGAACCAGGUAUAUUGACAUCUCACGCCUUUACCUACGGCAGUUUGUGAAAAGCCCGUCAGAUCCUUGUUUCUUUUCAGUGAUGCGUGCUUAUUGUGGAUUUUUUUUGUUGUUGAUGGUAAUCGAUCACUGCAGCACCUGGCAUCAGUGCUUCUCCUUCCGAAGAUAAUAUGCGUUACUUCAACGUCAUGAUUCUUGGCCCAACACAGUCUCCGUAUGAAGGUAAUGUGAUCUGAUCGUUUCUUCAUUCCAUUGAAUUUUCAUAUUGUAAAUAUCUUUUUAAUAUGCCCCAAAACAUGGUUGAGGAAGAGUUAUGUGUUAUUCAUCUUCACCUCCACCUUCUAUAUAGGUUACUCGGCAGCAGAGCCAGAGAUCUUUUAUUUUUUGUCUAUGUGUGUGUGUGUGCGUGUAUGCGUUUGGGGAUGGGGCUUAUAUCGUUAAUGAAUUGUGGAGAAAUAAAUAAAAUAAUAUUUAUUCCAGAGUGGAGAGUCUAAAAUGAAAUCUUUGAGCCCCUACUUUUGCCCUGGGGUCAUGCCUAGUUCUGAUUCUUGACGUGUGAUGGACUUGCACCUCUCCCUCAUUUUGCGUUCCUCCCAAGCAUGACUACUGUUCUCUAGGUCAUGCUGUGCCAGCUUGUCUCUUCAUUCUUGCUUUCGUUCUUGGGUGGAUAGGGAGGACGACACUUUAUGGGGACUGAUUGGGAAGCACGGGAUACCUUAAUUGGGGGAAAAUAUUCUCCUAGAUUUGUUUACUAUUGGAGAAGCUGCAUAUGCUUUUGGAGGAGUGAGGAAAUGAGAAAGAUGGAGAUAGAGUAUUUCACCUUUUCUUGUAAAACGUGGAUAGCACCAUACAUUCGUCUGAGGGAAGAUUAAAUUCCUUGGCAAGCAAGGAGCCAAGGAAGUUCCUCGAGCAAAUCCUUGUCCUAUUUUAUCAUACCACUUAGUUUGUCAAUUCAAACUUUUACAAUUUGUAGCUUCUUUAACCUUUUUAAUAACUCGUAUCCAAAUGAGAUCCUUGAUAAUAUGAAAUUUAUUUCCUUUAGAAGUGUGAAAAUGUGGCUAAAGUUGUUACCAUUGUGGAAUGUGCUUGCAAAAUGGUUUUGCCGUAGGCAUUGACAGGUUAUCAAACAGGCAACUUGGAUCUACUAUCCUUGUCGUCCAGCUCAAUAACAGAGGGCGAAGUGAGAUUAUUGUUCAAUCUAGGUGGGAUAUUUCUGGUGGUAAAGUGGUGAAUGAACGAGUGAAUUGAGGUGAAAAUAUGUUAGGUGAGAUUGUUCACACUCAAGUUAAUGUUCAACUUUUGUCCGAUAGUGACAGUGAAACACAUGACUAUUUCUGCAGUUUUAGGGUUUUGAGACUGGGGGAUCCCUUAUUACCAGAUGAGGUAAACGUGGAACAAGGCUGCGGUUAGAAGGUUAAUUAAAGUGAUUCUGGACGACCGAAAUUGUAUACUUGUUAUAUAUUUCUAAUUUCCUUCUAAUGAUACAAUUUUCAAAAAGUCCAAGCAUCAAAAUGUCAUUCGAUGUUGCUACAAUAGAUCACAGUAUUCUGCAUAAUUCUUGGGAAAAAGGAUGAAUGGGAAUUGGAUUUUCAUACUAUUUUCAUAUCAUUUACAAUUUUCAUUGUUUGGUCAUAAGAUAGGUAAAUUACCAUCAAAGUACCCUUAUCCCAUGGAUUCCUUAUGUAGAAUAAGAAUACAGGUAUGGAUUGACUAAAUUUUUAGGGUUUAUUGUAAACUGGAUUGAAGGGAGCGCUACUUGGGGCUCAAGGAAGAUAAGCUUUUUGAAAAAACUUUUCCAUCUUUUUUGGCAUAUAUAUGAUCUCAAUCUUGAAGAUACAACAAUCAAUCACAAAGAAACUUUGAUCUAUGGGAGUUAAAACUAUUUUGGAGUCACACAAUAAUUCCCUCAAUGAUCCAGGGGAAAGAGCAUUUUUGUGAAUGAAAGGAGGAAAUCCAAUUGAAAUGGAUAUUCUCAACAAGGUGCACUUCUGUCUAUGAUUAUGGAGAAUUGGAGAACAACUUCUCUUGGGCCGACAUUGUUAGAGAAACUUGCUUCAGAGCUGGGAAUGAUGUGUGGUUUGUGCCAGUGACCAUCUCCAGAGUGUCUUCUAAUUGGAAAUCAAACAUUCAUGUAACGGGAAACUUAGAAUUUCUUCUGAUUUUCAGAUGGGCAAUCCAAGAAAGCCGUAACGUGGGUAGGAAAAUUUGCUGCAUGGUGAUGUUCUUUGCUUUUAGGUUUAACUAAAUCUGCAGUAUCUCGUGGGGGUGGGGAGGGGAAUGCAUUCAUGAGAUUUUCAAAUGAUAAUUGGAAACUAGAGUUUGAUAAGGAGUUUAGUAGAGAGUAAAAUUGUUGAAUGUGUCAAGCAGCUCAAAAUCUUGCAAUGAUAGAGAAUGUAGAAUUUGGUGAGGAAAAAUGGAAUAAUAAGUUUCUCACCAGAGUACAGGCCUUUCUUUGCAAAUUGGUUGACAAGGACUUCUAAUGUUUGAUGGAAUCCAGGCCUUCAAGUCUGAUGUCCAAAAUGAUGUUUUUUUUGUGGUUCUUGUGCGAGGAUACUAUUGAUCAUCGAUUUUUGAGUUCUUUAAUUAUCAAUAUAAUGCAAAGUUGUCUAUUUACAAGCGGGGAAUUACUCUGACAUUGCUUCUUUGCUGCAAAGUUGUCCUUUACAUUUUUCAUGGCUGCCAAGUUGUCCUUUAUAUUGUAUGGCUGCCGAUCUUGACACGUGGAAAGUGCAAUUACUGGCUAUCUUUCAGGCCAUACACAGAGAAAUAAAUGACGUAAAAUCCAUAAUUAAUUCAGAAAUAUAUCUGGUAUGAUCUACAGGACCUACUGUGUAUCCAGCUAGUGAGGAACUAUCAAGAUGGGAAAUGAUCAAGAAUGACCGCUGAACAUAAUUAAGAAUGGCGAAACGCGGUUGUUCGAGUUUAUUUUGUGUAUUUAUCUACUACGUUGAUGAGAAUGUGAAUUUAUAUAGCAACAGAGAGAAGUUUGUGGAGGUUUUUUUGAUGAUUGGUGAAUUGUUUUGGCUAUAUGGUUGAAAUAGACAAAAGAAAUGUCAGGACUCGUUCAUAAGUGCUCAGGAUGCCAUUAGCAGAGCUACGUUCUCUUAACGCUGACAUCAGGAAGAACGUCGAUGGAGUGCUGGGUCGGAUGGAUUGAUCAAUUGCAUUGGAGAUAACCACAUAUUUUCUCAUCAAUAUCUCUCUUAUGGUUCGGGUCUAGAAUCUUUUCAUCUCACAUGUUCUGUAAUCUUCUCCUAGUUUUCAGGAGGUAAACUUAUCCAAUCAAGAAUUUGGCAUUGCAUUUCUUUCCUUUUGUUGAUUUUUUUCUUUCUUUCUUUUUCGUAGUAAUCACUAUAUUGCAUCUAUCUUGCGUGAGUUAAGGUCUUUGUAGUUACAGUAUGAGGCCCAAGUAUUGGUUUUGGUCGCUAUCUUCUUUCUCGCUCUUUGAUAUGCCUACUCAGUUUAUGCCUACUCAUCUUCUAGCUCCAAGAAAAAGGCUUUCCCUGGGAGUUUUAUGGGACUAAAUUAUACUCAGCCAGGUUGUUGGAUUCGCCACUGGAGCUAAACUGAUAUAAAAGAUGAUAGUGGUGAUGAGGUUGAAGAUGUUAUUGAUUUUGAUUCUGAUAGAUUUGUGGGGUCAUUUGGCCUACCAAAAGAAAACUGUUUGAGUAGAUACCAUUAAAAUUUGGGUUUUCCUCAUGGGAGAUUAUAUUUUCUGUAAAAAAAAAAAAAAGGUGAGAAAAUGUCUCUCUUUUCUUGAUCUCCCUUGUGUAUUUAGUCAUCCACUUUUCCGGAGCUGGACAGGAAGGCAUUUGGGUAGAGUGACGUUUUUAUUUGUUUGAAUCGUAUUUAUCUGAAGAAUCUGAUCACGUUUUCUCCUUUGUGAUGACUCAGGAGGUGUAUUCAAGCUGGAAUUGUUCUUGCCCGAAGAGUAUCCAAUGGCGGCUCCGAAGGUCUGACCAGUUGCAGUAGAAGAUAUAAUCUCAACCUGUAAUCAUCUUAGUUAAAAAAGAAAAAAUCUGGCCCUCGCAAGAAUCUAUAGUUCACAUGAAUCCUGCCUUUGACAUCCAUUUCACUUACCACAUUGGUUUAUCUGCAUUGGAGAUUUGAGGAUUAUAUCUGCAGUGCCACCCCGAAGAUGCCUAUUUCUUCUUCUUCUUCUUCCGUUGACUUUUCGAAGUAUUGUCCCAUCUGCACAUCUCUACCCCAGAGAUAGAGAGAGAGAGAGAGAGAGAGAGUCCUAUACCGUGUUGAUUCUCUUAGUGAUUCUCAAACUGAGAGAAAUUGUGGGUUGCUGUUCUUGGUACAGGUCCGCUUCCUCACGAAGAUCUACCAUCCUAACAUCGACAAGGCAAGUUGACCUACCCAAGUUAUAUAUGUACUUAAGAUCUUUAUCGCAGGGGGGGAUGUGAGGCCUCACAGGGGAGAUGCUCUCGUCGAUUGCAGCUUGGAAGAAUAUGCCUCGACAUUCUCAAAGACAAGUGGAGCCCCGCUCUCCAGAUCCGGACCGUACUGCUGAGGUGAGAUCCUUGCUGUUUCUCUCUCUAAUCGCUGGAAAUUAUGGUGAUCAGAUCUCAUAUAAAUGUUGAUUAUUAUUAUUAAAAAAUUAUGAAAACCACCCAGUAUUCAAGCCCUCCUGAGCGCGCCAAACCCAGAUGACCCGCUCUCGGACAACAUUGCAAAGCACUGGAAGACGAACGAGGUCGAGGCAGUGGAAACUGGUAGGCACUGCUCUCUCUCUCUCUCUCUCUCUCUCUCUCUCUCUCUCUCUCUCUCUCUCUCUCUCAUAGGAGAUAACUCCUACCCCUCAUCUCUCUUCUUCCUACUGACGAGAUUCUUCUCCAAUCCAGCUAAAGAGUGGACCCGUCUGUACGCUACCGGAGCCUGA